GUCCUCGCCGUCCUUCGUGCCUGCUCCGCCGUACGGCGACGGGAUGGAGCUGCCCGGACCCCCCAUCGGCUGCCACCACCAUCCCAGUUCAAAUUUGAAUCUCCAUCCGGCUGUCCAUCCUCUUCCUCAAUCCGGCUGACCUCGCCGUUCGCCGCCUGCGUGGAAGAGAUCUGGCAAGGGACGAUUUAAGCCGGACGCAGAUGGAUUCACCGACCUGCUCAUCCGAUUGUCAGGGCCAGGAAUCGAUCUUACGCCUGAUUGGUUACCGAGCUUUCCGAUUCAUUCUUCCGACACAAGCGCCCGCACUUCUCCGUCCAUCUUGAGUUCUGACUGGCGCGAGCAAGUGUCUGUUCCAUUGCACGCCGAGCUCGGGGAGGACGGAGUCUGUAGCAACGACCCAAUACGCGAUGCAGUCGAGUCGCCCCCUUCAGCAGAAUGGUGGGGGUCAUCGCCAGACUUGCCGACCUCAACCCCCUCAACCGAGUCCCCUCCAUCAGAGCGCACCUGGAAGCAGAGGGAGGUUCGGUGCUCAACUCCGGAGUCCCCAUUGAGGUGCAUGCGAGCAAGAUACACACGCCAAACAUGUUUGGCUUGUUCCAGAGCCAUCUAUUCCAGGUGGGGUCAUACAUUGUGCCACAAGUUAUAGAUGGUCAUUCAUGGGAAUGUUAUGCGGACAUGCAUUACGGGUAAUGAUAAACCUAGGGGUAGCAGAAAUACCCGAAUGUCACAUUAUGAGGAGGUGGACCAGGGAUGCGUACCGUGACAUGCCCGAGCACCUCAUGUUGUAUCAAAAGGAUAGCGCUACUACGAAAUCCACGAGUUUCAGGCACUCGGCUCUAUACAGGACUGCAAUUGAAAUUGUUCAGAUGGCUGACAGCAACCCGGAGUCAUGCGAAGUGGCAAUGUCUCACUUUCUAGAUGCCAUUCCCAUCUUGUCAGAAACAAACAAGAUAAAAGAUGGCCUUGGUCUAGAAGAGAGAGUUCAAGCAGCUGGGAGAGCGAAUCCUUCAGUCAUAUUCGAGAGUGGCAGUCUUCGACCGGACAUCGUUGCUCCUUCAAAAAGUUUGGUCGACCAACUUCUGCAAGAAACAAGCCCGGCUACGAGAAGGUCAGUGUGCCAAGAACAAAAUUCUGCACCAUAUGCCGUAGCAGGGUUCAUAGGGCGAAUUGCUGCCCUUCCAACAAGAACAAGAAGCCACGUAGAGAGGCCCAUUGCUCGAAUUGCGGUCUGGCUGGGCACAAGAAGAACAAUUGCUUGACCUCCAACUACUAGCAUCACCUUUUUCUUUUGGAUUGGGAUAGGUUUUCCAAAUGUAGUCAGGGUCCACAUCUCGUGGUUCAUCCGUACUCGAAUGUUAUGUUAUAUUUUUUGCAAAUUUGCCCCGGCGAUCUUUUUGGUGCAAAACUAUUCCAGAUAUAAGCCCCCGUGUGUAUGUGGUAGAACACCAUUUGUCAGGUGGUGGUUUGUUUGAUCUGAGACAAUUGGGUCACGUAUGUCCGGGAUCGGGGUUUUUAAUAUGUUGUCUGUGAAAUGUGAACAAUGCAUAUAAAUGGUCAUAUAUUUUCAAGCCUGGUAUCUAUACAAA